CAUUUUCUUAUCUAUUACUUGAAGCCCAUGUUAAAUUUUAGCUUUAGUUUCAGUUUAAUGUAUGUCAUCAAUCUUGUGUUAAUGGUGUUAUAUGCUUAUGGAGUCCAAUUUUUUUUUCUUAAUGUCUGUUGUGUUUGUAUGAUUUGAAUUUGCUUUAAUUGAACUGGGUUGUUGAUGAUUUUCAGAAAAGUUUGAAACUUUUUGCUGUAGAGGCAUUUGAAGUUUGGAUUGUAAAGUUCAUAUUUUUAUCCUUUUACCUGAACCCUAUGUGGAAUUUCAGCUUUAGUUUCAGUUGAUUCUUGAGUUCUGUUUAAUUUUGUGUGUAUGUGAUCAAUCUUGUGUAAAUGGUGUUACUUGUUUAUGGAGUUCAAUUUUUUGUUCUCUCUUUUUUUUAAUGGUGCUUGUAUGGUUUGAAUUUUCGUUAGUUGAAUUGGGUAGUUGAUAGUUUUCAGAAAAGGUAGCAACUUUUUGUUGUAGGCUUUCGAAGUUUGGAUUUUGAUUGCUUGAGUUGUUUUCGGGUAGCUCGUCAGCUCGCUCGAAUUGAUUCUUAUAAACUAGUUACCUUGCUUGUUUAGGAUAUGUAUGUCAGUAAAAAAUGUCAAGUAACCAAAAAAAGAGGUCCAAAUAGAGUGGACUGGAUAUUGAGGAUUCAUAUAACCAAUGCCGACUAGAUUGGAGUUGAGUGUGGUAGUUCUUGUUGUUGCUCUAGUUACCUUGCUUAACAGGACUUCCUUAUAUGUGUCUAGAAAUCUUUGUCCUGUAGAGCCCGUCUUAUCAAUAUAGCUGCAGCUUUUCAUGCUUCUAUGGCUUUAAUUACUAACCUGCUACUUAAAUAUUAUUCCUUUGUAAAAACGGGUUUUACAGUAGGAAGAGUUUUGAAUCAUGGAUCUGUUUGCUCUAUUCCCUCAUUAUGCGCAAAUGGAGAUGAAGAAAAAAAAUUAGGAUCUGAAAAUUUGAUUGCCUUGAGUGUAAGGAGAAUCACGUGAUCUCAAGAGAAGCCAAAAGGGUGUGAAGUAGUUUACUUAUCCAAGCAAUUUGAAAAAGAUAAUACAAAAAUGAGGGUAGUAACAACAAUGAAAUAAUGUGAAAUGGAGAGUAGUACACAACAUAUAGGGGAAAGAACAAUAAUGACAGAUAAAUAAUGUGAUAAUAGAAGCACAAAAAACACCGAUGUUAAUCAAAAUCAAAGAAUAAUAUGUAAUAUUGCUUCCUUGUUUUGCUUUGUCUUGAUUUUUUUUGUUUAAUGUGCAUAUGAAGAAUUCUCAAUUAUUGUGUGUGUCUGUGUGAAUUUGUCACCUUUGAUCGACAAUCAACUUUAUCCUAGUUGUCUUCAUUUCCUUAUGAGUAAAAGAUUUUACGGUUGGUCACGGACCUGUUCUUCCUUUAACUUUGCUGGUUGGUGGAUCAUCAAAUUUUCUCUCACAGUUGCUUAAAAUCUAUCCUUCUUCCAACUUGGAUGUGAUAUCUCUAGAGAGAAUCCAUAUAUUUCUUGAUCAGUACCUAUGUUCGUCCAGCUUAAUGAUCAUAUUUCGUAUCAAGAGUUCACAGUGAUGUAUUAUGCUCAUCGCUGUGUUUUUUUCUCUGUGAAAUACCUGGAAAAUUUUCCCACGUCAACCUUUACAAUUGUUAUUGCUUAUUGUGAAUGGUCAGAUGUCAUGAUUGAAUAAGGUGUUGAUUUAUGAUAUUCUCGUUCAGUUCCACUCAUACUUCAACUCCAUUGAUGUAAGAUUUGUCCUUUUUGGCCACAGAUGUAUGGUGUACAAGUUUGAGAACCGUCAUUGUAAAAUUUGUCUUUUGACUGAGUGACACCACGGAGUGGGUUGAAACUGUUGUGUUAAUCUUAAAGUCUUUAUUAAUUCAAUUUAUGGGGAAAAAUGAACAUGCACCGUGCAUUAGGUAUUCAAAGAUCUAGUGAAACACAGCACAGUAAUAUGGGUGUCUGUGGAGCUAUGUCGACAUCUUUGUCCAUUUUGCCGUCAUUUGAAGAGAAGAAUCUUAAAGUGACAGAUUGUCUUCAUGUGCUCACAGAAAAGGAACAAACCACAAACCUUAUUUCCUCACGGGCAAUCCCGUCAGCAUCUAAGAGUGGAACAGUAGGGCAUCUGUUAUCUUCCACUUCUGGACCCCACAAACAUUUUCACUUUUCUUCAACCCCCUCUCAAGAAAGUAGGAAACAUAACUAUCCAUUUAUUUCUAGUGAAGCUUCUGCAGCAACCUGCCAAUCUUCACUCUCAAACAUUCAUUCGACAUCAUUGGAUAAUUACCCCAUGGAGAACAGCAAUAAUUCCUGGGGCGAAGAUGCAUAUCAUGACUGUAUAAAUUUUUCUACUAAUGUUCCUGUUCAGAAUGACCAAGUCGAAAGCCUUGCAGUAGUCAUGACGUCUGAUGACCAGGUUAAGAGAUCUGAUUGGCAGGACUGGGCUGAUCAGCUUAUUAAUGAUGAUGAUGUUUUGGAUUCGAGCUGGAGCAAUAUUCUUGUUGAUAUCAAUCCUCCAGACACUAAGUUUCUGAGAGCAUCUGAAGUCCAUGCUGGCCAGUCCAAUACUCUUCCUCCUCCUCUUCCUGCUGCUGCUGCAUCGUCUGGGCAAAACUACCCAGUUGGUAGCCCAUCGUCUACCGCAGCACAGACGAAACCUCGGAUGCGAUGGACACCCGAGCUUCACGAAGUCUUUGUAGAAGCUAUCAGUAAGCUUGGUGGGAGCGAAAAAGCUACACCAAAGGGAGUCUUGAAGCUCAUGAAUGUUGAAGGCCUAACCAUCUAUCAUGUCAAAAGCCACUUACAGAAAUAUAGAACUGCCAGAUACAAACCAGAAUCCUCGGAAGGAACACCGGAAAAGAAGACCACCAGUGUGACAGAGAUGCCAUCUUUGGACCUGAUAACGACCAUGGGGAUAACAGAAGCACUAAGAAUGCAGAUGGAAGUCCAAAAGCAGCUUCACGAACAACUUGAGAUCCAGAGAAAGUUGCAGUUGCGGAUCGAAGAACAAGGUAAAUACCUUGAAAUGAUGUUUGAGAAGACAAAGGACAUAGGGAAAGAUUUAAAGGUAUCAUCAUCAUCAAUAACAGAUGAACAUCCUUCACCAUCCAAUAAGGUGAAGCAUACAUCUCCCAACGACAAAUCAGAAGCACUCGAGAAAGAUCGUUUGUGGAACUCACCAGACAAAAAAGCUCAUGAAGAUCAUGACUCAGAUGAUAGAGACUUGUGUUGUUCACCUACAUCGAAACGAGCAAAAACAGAGGAAAUAUCAGGUCUUCAUGAAUCUUGAUAGACUCAUUUGAUAUGUGAAUUGUCUUUGCAAAUGCUGUUGACUUGAUGAAAGCUUUUGGCUAAUAAUUGUGUCAUUUUUCCUUGUUUCAUUCUCUUUUCCCCCGACCUUAA